AAUGUGUGAUAUACCAGAACACGCCAGGAAGUGCUCCCCAGAUUUUCCAUCUACGUUAACAGCUACGUAAAUUAACGUCAAUACAUUGGCUGAAUUGCUAGCCAGCUUGCCGUGUGGGACCCUGUAUUGUUAACAUUAGUCCUUGACCCCAGCAGUGACGUGAUGGACAGGGCGCAGGACCCUGCUGCUGCUGACGCCCCGCCGCCUGUGCCCACCUCCAGCCUGUUUGCGGAGCUGGGAUUGGCCCCGGAGGACGUAGACGCUCUUGCCCAAAUCCCCGAGAAUGAGAUCAGCAUUGAGACCCUCCCCUACCUCAUCAUGCAGCUCAAGGCUAAGAAGGCUGGCAUCCCAACACCUACAGCAACCAAGUCUGAUACUGAUGCUCGACGUGCUGACGACAGUAACAACUCCACCUCCUCUUCUCGCCAUGAUAACAGCCACACACCCAGCGGCGGACCUUCUUCCUCCACAGCAUCCAAAACGGGGAGGUCGUCAUCAGGGACGACCCGUAGUCAUGGAGACGGUGAUGGAGGACACAGGAGCAGGAGGGAACCCAAGAGCCACAGCAAGAGUCUAAGAGACAAGUGGUACCCCGACAGCCUUCCCAAGAUGCCGUUCUCUUACCAGGCAUCUGAUUUCCAUGGCAGUGUACCUCACUCCUUCCCCCACACCUGCAGUCUGUGCCACUGCAAGGUUAACUCCAAAACGACGUGGAAAGACCACCUCCAUGGCGUGCGCCAUGAGUCCUCCAAGAAGGAGCUCUUAAGACUAUUUCCCAACUGGGACCCCUACCAGCAAGGAGUGUCAUCCCUCUAUCCCAAUGAUACAGAUCGCAGACCUGGACGUUCCCUCAAACGCCCGAACCGUAACACAGGUGGAGCUCUCCCCAACUCAGACUUGCCCAUCCCCAAGUGGGUGCUGUCAGGUCCGCAAAAGCCUCUGCAACGUCCUGUCUUUAGAACCAGAGUGGUGGUCACCAAGUUCCCUUUGGGUUCUGUAACAGUGAGAGACUUGCUAGAACUGGCAGAACCGUUUGGAACAGUUGUCAAGCAUCUGGUGUUCCCCUCCAAGGGUUUUUUGGAGUUCAACUCUCACACUGAGGCUCAUGCUAUGGUGUCUCAUUUCUACGACAAGCUGGAUUUCACCAAGCAACAUAAGAUCUAUGUCUACCUCUCCCCAAACGUUGCCAGUAUACAGAUCCCUGGAGGCGGGGACACCAGAAGUCAGUCCAGGAGUUCAAAGACUGGCGCAGUUCUCUUCACCCGCCUGCCCGACAAAAAGGACACCGAAGAGAAGGUUCUAGAAGUCGUCAAGAUGUUUGGCGACGUGCGGCGCUCCAAGUUCAGCGGCUCAGAGGCCCAGGUUGAAAUGGUGGACCGGGAGGAUGCUCGUCUGAUGGUGAAGUACUACUACGACCGCCCACUGAAGAUCCUGGGAACUAAGGUCAAGGUGACCAUGCUGCCUGACCCCAAGCACUCUCUGCGUGACAGUCCUGAGAGGAGCCACAGCGGGUGUCGCCACAAGAGUGAAGACCAGUCCAAGCCGCCUUCAUCAUCCUCAUCCUCAAAGGACAAAAGUGGGGAUGCCACAGACACCUCGACACCAGGCACCCUGGUAGAGCAGGUCAGCGAGGAGACUCAGUUGGAGGAGAAGCCGGCAAAGGGCGGGCCUCGCGGAGAGGCCAGCCAACCAGACGCGGAGUGGGCGGACCUCCGGGAGGAAGACCUGGACCCUGAGGAUGAGGAGGAGAUGGAGCUCGGAGAGGAAGACGAGGAUGGGGACGAGGAAGAUGGGAUUCCCGUGGAGGAUGAGCGUGGGCUGGUGGAGGAGGGCGUUGAGGAGCCCGCGGAGGUCACUGAGGGCUCAGAGGUCGCGCAGGGCGAGGAGGGAGCAGAGCCAUCAGAAGACCCAACCCCUGACUCUGCUGGGACAACCCAUCUUGAGCAGGCCUCAGGAGAUGAAGACAAUCAGCAGGAGGAUGUAGAGAUCUCGGACUUCCCUGAUAACCUGGAUGACUUUGUGACGCUGGAUGAGCUGGACUCGGGCACCGACAUGCUUGAAACAAACGAGUUCCAGGGUGGGAAGGUUGUUCUGGUCCGACCCGUGAAGGGGUACCCGCCCGAGGAGGCGCUCCGCAAGCUGGCGACGCCGUUUGGGAGGGUGGUCAACCACACCAUCUCACGCUACCGGCAGGAGGCCCUGCUGGAGCUAGAGACUGAGGAGCAGGUGAAAGAAAUGGUGGCGUUUUACAAAGGUUCUAAAGAUGGGGCCCUCAUCAACGGGAGGCCUGUGACUGUCAGCCUGUGCCGGACACUCAAGGAGCUAGAGGGUCCCAGUGGCUGUUCCAUCUACAUCAGUAACCUGCCGAUGGGGAAGUUCUCGGACAUCGCGCUCUUGUGGAUGGCCAGACCCUUUGGAUCAAUAAAGGCAUACCGCAUCAACAGAGGGCCACGCAGUUGCUAUGUGCAGUUCCACCGGCCGGAGGCGGCUGAGAAGAUGCUGAAGAAGUACGGCUCGCGGCCGCCCAAGUUCAAAGGGGCCCUUCUCACCGUGUGCCCCUGCCGCAAGCCAGACUCCACCAUCUCUUGGAUAACCCCAAGCGUACAACUGGGGGCGGCAGAAGGGAAGGAGUUGGAGGAGAACGGAGAAGAAGAGGAGAAAGAGAGGCGCGGCUCCAAGAGAAAGAGAGGGGAGUCCAAAGAGCUGGAGGGCCGAUGUGGGGACCCACCCCCUACGGAGCCAGAAGAGGGGGAUGAGAAAGAGAAGGGGAAAGAGAGUGAAGAAGCGGAGGAGUGUGUGUAUCAGCCCGGAACCCCAGUGGGUGUGGACUUCAUAGUUCCGGCCAGUGGGUUCUUCUGUAAGCUGUGUAACGUGUUCUACACCAGAGAAUCAUCCGCCAAGUCUCAACACUGCAGCACCGCCAAGCACCACAAGGCCCUCAAGAACCGAAUGAAGAGGAGGCGGCACAGCAGCCCCUCCAGUCCCAAGGCCAGCGACCCCUGAUCCUGUCACAUCCUGAUUGGCCUCCAGAGUGGACACACUCACACACACACACACACACACACACAGGACUAGUCCACACACACACACACACACACACACACACACACACACACACACACACACACACACAGGACUGGUCUGAACACACACACACACACAGACAGGACUGGUCUGCACACACACACCACACACACACACACAGGACUCGUCUGCACACACACACCACACACACACAGAGGACAGUUUGGGCCUGAUGGACUGAUGCUCCACCUCACAACCACCAACAUGAACUAGAAAUCCCUCCUACCAUUUGGGCUUAGCAAAAGCGUCGAGCCUGCACACACACACGCACACACAUGUGUGUGUGCGUGUGUGUGUGUGUGUACUCUAACCAUAGUGUGUGUGUACUGUGCAUCUGGCUUUUUAUGUUCUGUUAAAGAUCAAAUUUCUGAAAGUAUGUAUGUGUCACUCGGCUUGUUCGGUCUGUGGUUUACAGAUUUAUGUAAGAUCACCGCACGCACACACACACACUGAGAUACACACAUAUAUAUACUUUAUUUGAUUCAACUUUACAAGUUUCAUUAGGAAUCAAAAUGUCUAAAUAAUGAAAUAGAUUGGUCUGGUCAGGUGUGUGCGUGCAGACACACAGUGGUCAGGUGCAGUGAGCGUUUGUUUAUGUUUGUUUAUGUAGUGCGUCCACACCUGCUCUGCCCAUUCACUUCUGAACAGCAGAACUCUACAGCUCUACACACACACACAGUUUUGCCACAGUUGUGCCAAGUGUAGCAGAACCUUCCCUCCACCCCCAUCAUUCCACUGUGUGUGUGUGUGUGAAUGUCUUCAGUGUCACAUGCUUGAACAUUCCAUAUGUGUGUGCCUGCGUGUGUGUAGGGGGGUGCUGCUAGAAUAAAGCUCAGAAUAAAACAAAACAAAAAGAAAUUGUGUUAAAAACUGAGCUAAUGAGCUGAUUUGCUUAAAAAAAGAGAAAUUUGAGUUUUUAAGAAAAAUUCACGUUUUGUUGUUUAUUAGUUUUGCCUUGUACACAAAUACAGUAAUACAGAGGCCUAAUGCGCAGUUUUGAGAUGGCAGAAAAACUGGCAGUGAACAUGAUGUGUUUUUUAACCAGACGCUUGGAAAUGUGUGUUUGUGUGUGUGUUUUUAAUCAGACGCUAGGUAACUGAUGUUGAGUUAGGAAUAACUCUGUGUGUGUGUUUUUAAAUGGACACUAGCUAAGUCAGGAGGAACAUGGUCUGGUGUGUGUGUGUGUGUGUGUGUGACAUUAGCUAAGUGAUGUUGGUCAGAAUCCUGAGACUUGCUGCUCAGAAUGAAGCGGAGUGCUCAGGCGGACCAUGAGGACGAGACAAAAGAGUGUGUGGCCCGUCUACAGAUGGACGUCCUCCUGGAAUACAGACCCAACCACAUGUGUGGUUUGACCUCUGCGGUGGGACAGCGACAAACCCCGCCCCUCAGUAACCCCUCUUUAGCCCCGCCUCCUCCAGUCCUGGGGCUUCAUCUGUACAGACGAGACGGGAGUCUCUGGAUUACAUGAACAUUUGUAGAGAACAGAUAUACAGUAACGGUCAAAGUUAGUUGUUUUUAUUUGUUUGUUUUUUGUUUUUGUUAUGCUUUCAUUCCUGCCCAGACCGUCAAUUUGUCUACUUCGGCUUCCUUGAGUUGGUCUGCAGCUCUUGUGUUCCUCAACACAGAUUAUUAAAACUACAGACAAUGCUA